AUAGUCAUCAUCAUUAUUUUAAUAGAAGUAUUCAAAUUUUUCUAAAAUAUGACAUCUUCAAAGAUUGUUUCAAAGUGUUUGUUAUUACUUUGUGUGAUAUUAUGCAUAGAAUCACGCCGAAAUUUAAUCGAAAAUACUAAAAUAAUGAAUUGUCUGUUACAAUUUAACGGAUGGCAACAUUUAACGUAUGUAAAUAAAGUAAUUUACUUAAAGAACAACAUUAUUAAUAUUUGGAGUAUUUUAAAUGAGACUGUAACAUUAGAUAAUUGUAAUACAAAAAUACGACAUACAACUGUUUUCCUUGGUGCCACAUACGCAUAUUUUUUAAAUGACAUAGUACAAUCUAUUGAAUGUCUUCGAGUAUGUUGUUCGAAAAUAUUAAAAAAUGAACUACACAUAUCAAAGAGUCAUGAUUGUACUAUAAAACUAGUAAAAUUUAUAUCCAAUGCAAUUUUAUUAGCAAAAAAAAUGCAAGGAGCUUUGUGUGCUAUAGACAUAAUGCAUUCUAUUAUAUGGCAACUUCGUACUAAAAGCCCUAUGAUUUUAAAAUUUGCAUUAGAGCGUUUCAUAGAUUUAGAAAAUCUAAUAGCGCCUUAUUCUGCAUUGGAAAACUACGAUUUGGAAACCGACAAAAAUAUAAUAUAUAACAUGAGAAAUAAAUUAUCCAUAAUUAAUCAAGUAAUAAAAAAUGACAUCGAUCGUUUUAAGAUUGAGAAUAUUGAAACAGAAAUAUUGAAAAUAUUGAAUACGGAAUAUACGAAUAAUUACGGAGAAAAAGAGAUUGUAGAAUUUGUAAAUACUGGAAUUGUCUUAAUGAAUAGUAAACUCAAUACUAUCGAAAUUAACACUUAUACUAAUUUAGGUUUUGAAUUUAAUUCGGACACAGGAGAAACACGCAUUAAAAGUGAAUAAGACCAUUUAUUUAUGAAUGAAGAAUUUAAGAUGAAAACGGAAGACCAUACUAAAAAAAUGCACAAAAGUUAUAACAUUGAUUUAAAUUAUUUUUGAAUUCGUGUAAAAAUAUGACAUAGCUUUUAGUUGAACCUAAAUAUCAUUAAGCAACACUUAUAUCAUUUAGAAAAUAUAUCAGAAUUAAAAUAA